GCUGCACCUUUGGCUAGUUGGUUUUCCUCUCUACAGGCUUGUUUUUCCUACCUAAUUGUACAAGGCCCGCCCGAAUUCCCUGUUGCUUCUUCGCUGCGCGCUUUUUCUAAUUACUCUUUGGUGGCCGACAAAGACGGCGUUUUCCUCCCCAUUUUAUACACGGGAAGCUUUAUUCGUUUAGCUCGGUUAUCAUAGUACUCCUCCCGGCACACACUCUCAGAGCUCUAUCCUGGCGGAACUGAAUGCAGAGGCGACAAUGACUGUCUCGGCCGCACACCGCCAGCUAAUAGUACAGGAGCUGGCACGGCAGCAGGCCAUCGUGCACAUCGACCUGGACUGUUUCUAUUGUCAAGUUGAACAGUUGCGGCUGGGGCUGAGUCCGGAAAUCCCUCUGGCGGUCCAGCAGUGGCAAGGCCUGAUUGCCGUAAACUACCCAGCGCGAGAGCGGGGGGUGCAAAGACACGAUUCGGCAAGCGAUGCGCGCAAAAAAUGCCCUGAAAUAAAGCUGAUACAUGUCGCCACGUUCGCCGAGGGUACACAGCCGGCGUACCAUCCGAAUCCGUCGGUCAGUACACACAAGGUCAGCUUGGACGCAUACCGACACGCCAGCCGCGACAUCAUGGCUAUGCUGAAGGAGAUGUGUCCAACAAUGUCCAAGGCGAGCAUUGACGAGGCGUACUUGGAUGUGUCAGCGAUCGUCCAGGAGCGGAUAUUACAGGACUUUGAUCGCGGGAUGAUCGAGUGGAUGAGGGGAGAUGGUACCCCAUCUGCAGCGGAGACAGACACAGAAGACGAGCUGCCUUUACCGAUACCGGCUGUGCGGUGGACAACUGUGUCGCGCAAAGGCAAGGAGAGGGACACAGAAGGCACAGCAAAUGCAUCCGGUGCAACAGAGUUUGGCGUGCUAGUUGGAGAGGCAGGGAGCGUCAGCUUUGGAUGGAACGACUUGCAGCUCCGGUAUGCUGCGGAAUUCGCUGGCAACGUGCGCGCCAGGGUGUUCAGGGAGCUUGGAUAUCGGAGCUCUGCUGGGAUUGCUCACAACAAGAUGUUGGCCAAAAUCGGCAGCGCGCUGCACAAGCCGAACCAGCAAACCGUGCUGCGGGCGUCUCAGAUUGCCGAGUUCAUGCACACGUUCGAGCUGUCAAAGAUCCCAUCGAUGGGAGGCAAGUUUGGCUCGGUAGUUGGGAGUGUGCUCGAUGCACACACUGCUGGUGAUGUGCUCACGUACUCGCUGGAUCAGCUGGAGCUCAAGCUCGGCAGGGAGCGCGCUGAGCACCUGUACCGGGUUUGCCAAGGAGUCGAUGACAGCGAAGUAGCAGAGAACAAAGAGCAGCAGUCGCUGCAGUCAACCAAGAACUUUGGGCGGUUUCCAGUCCGCGACAUGGCUCACCUGGAGCGGUGGCUCUCGAUGAACGGUAUGGAGCUCUGGAUGCGUGUCAUGGAGGAGUGGGAAACGAACAAGCGCUGGCCCCGGUCGUUGGGCAUCAACUAUACCACCGUUGGAUGCAAGACGCGCUCCAAGACAGUUGGAUUCCCGCUACGCCACCUGCAGAGCGCGCAGACCUCGCCGGAUGCGGUAGUCAAUGCUGCCAGGGCCUGCCUUGUACAGAUCGCCAGCCCAGCCCAGGCAAGUGGCGGCAGCGGCGGUAUGAUGGCUGUUGACACACGGGCUGAGAGCCCAGGUCUGUUUCCGCUCGCCAGCUUCUCCCUGCAAGCCAAGGGGUUCCAGCGCGAGCUGUCAGGGGCGUCUGUCAUGGACAAAUGGCUGUCGCGGUCAGCUGUUGGUAAGCGCGUGCAGCCAGCUGUUGCGCGCACAGGUCAAAUUUGCGGACCCAUGUCCAGCACAAUAUCAAAGAGCUCGCCUCCGACGUCAGAAUCUGAGCCGGGUGACGGCGACGAAGGUGACUGGAACAACCCUGGCUAUGGCCACUCCGAUACCAGCGACAGCGACUCAGAUGAUCAAGCAAAUGACGGGCCCAUGAUGGCGCUGGCCGGUCACGGAUUGCCACAGUUCCAAGCAGUCUCUAUGCAAGGAAUGAUGCUGCCGCCGUCUAUGGCUGGCAUGCACAUUGCACAAACACAUAGUAAUCUACACCCACAUCACCAACCACAGCAGCAGCAGCAUCACCAAUACCCAAUUCACCAUCAAGCAGCCAUAUAUGGUGCUGCCGCGCAUAUGGCCAGCACCGAGGCAUCGUCGUCGGCGUCCACUCCCCCACUUGUUCCCAGCCGAAGCUAUGGCAACCGCCGGCUCCACGGCGGAUCCGAUCCCAAUCUACCCAUGCUGAACCCAGGCAGCCACCAUGCGCCGCGGCUUGCAGGACGCCCACCUGGGCUGGCAUAUGGCGAUGUGGCUGAGGAUAGCCAUGAAAACAGUUCUGGCUAUUAUUCAUCGGAGUCCGAUACGUCGUUCCUGAAGACGCCGCCAGAGAGCGGAGACGAGGAAGGAGAAGAAGAAGUUGACGAUGUGACCAACGAGCCGGCUGAUGGUGAAGCCAAUGGUGCUGGCGGCCAAGCAGAGGCAGGUGUGCAUGUCCAUGAAACCCACAGUGCACCGCUGCGACGGAGGCCGCAGAACCCACCUGCAUCCUCCAGCACAGGCAGCAACAGCGUCAGUCAAAGUCGGCGUCCAAGUAUUGGUGCACGGCACACAAUGCAGAACCAGUCGGCAUCCAACUUGUCGACAGCCACAGGGUAUACCGCCGACAGUGCCGGGGGCGACAACGAGGGUGGGCCGCCAAGCAGCGGUCGGUCGACAGUGUCAUCACGGCGGCGCACAGGUGUAUAUAUUCAGCCACACGUCGACACGUCGAGUGUAUCCCGGUAUGGCGAAGGCUACCACCACAUGGACAUUGACAAGAAUGAGGACGGCAGCCUCGAGGUUGCUAGGCCCACACCGUCGACGCCAUCUCACCAGCAUCCAAGCGACCUGCUGAUUCCGGCACUGAUCUCUGUGUCGCGGCGCAAGCGCGAUGUGCAGAUCUUCCAGCACUUCAAUCCGGUCGACAAGCCCGACGGUAUGAUCAGGUGGGAGGAGCAUGACUCUGGCGCCAGCACCAAGACAAAGAGCGGCCAGGGAUCGGGCACUGCCACGCACUCGCGCAACAACAGCGUUUUGCAAGGACCAGCAGAAGCCUCGUUCAUGGCCACAGUGCGCAGCCGGCUCGAGCAGACCAAGGCUGCGCAGCAAGAUAUCGCCGAGGGCGUGCUUGAUCUGGCCGCCAAUGCCAUGAAUGACUCGCUGUCGGCGUCGAAGACUGAGAUGCGGAUCCGGUGCCCGCGGUGUCCGCCGACUGCAUCUACCGUGACGCUGUCCGAGUGGGAUACGCACGGCGACUGGCAUGUAGCGCGCGAUCUGCAGGCGCGUGAGCUUCGUAAUGAGGAUGUAUCGGAGGAGUUCCGCCGCGCCUUCAACAUGGAUAGCGAGUCGGGUAGCGAGAAGCCGCCGCUCAAGCGCACGAAGCGCAGCGCCGAAAGUGCUGCCAGCACAGCAGGCCGGCGCCAGCAGUCGCUGCUGGAGGCGUGGAAGUGAAGUGCUAAUUGUGUAAAAAAAUUUGUAGGCUUCUUCACUUUUCUCUUUGCUGGCCCGCACGGCACGUUCAUCUUGUACCUCAAUUGCAAAGCACAUUUCCUGCAUCUUUAGCCGCAUCAUCUGAGGUCAGGCGACAUGCCUUCAGCAUAUGUGUGGUGUAAACAA